AUGAACAUGGACAAAAAGCAAGUUUUAAAUAUAGUCAGAACUUAUCUUUAUUCUGAACCUUUUCUUCCGGAGGCGAAAAAGGAAUUAAAAGAAAUAGAGUUGAUCGCUAAUUUUAAGGAAAAACAUAAACGAGCUAGUAUUGUUUAUAAUUAUCAUAAAACUUAUUCCGAACUAGUCAAAGGUUAUGCUAAGGAUUAUAAUUUGUUAGCAGAAACUAAUGGAGUUGUAGAAUAUGGGGAGAUAAUAGACAAACUUCAUGAUAUCAUAAUUAAAGAUGGUGAAGAAAAUAAAAAAAACAAUUGA